AUGUUUACAGGCAUUUCUAAAUUACCUCUUUUAUGGGAAAUUUCACGUCUUGACGUUUUAAGCUUUAUAUUCUCAGCAUUAAUGGCCCUUUUUUCAUCAAAUUUAUCACAAGCACUUUUUGUUUCUGUUAUUCUUUCUGCUGGGACAAUUAUUGUUCGUGCUCAAUGGCCACGUCUUCAACAAUUAACAAAUGUUACAGGUUCGGGUGCUUAUUAUGCUGAACGUUGUUAUUAUGGAGGUUCUGAUUUAAUGGAUGAGGCUGGGGUUUCGGUUGUUCGUUUUGAGGCUCCAAUUCUUUUUCACAAUUCUUCAUAUUUCAAAGCUUGUAUUAGAGAAUCGGCAGCUAAAAUUAAAGGUCAACUUUUGGGUAUCGGAAUCGGUACUAGAACAGGAAGUAUGAAAAGCAUGAAAAGUACAAAUGCCCAAAUAGUUAGUGGUUCUAUUCACAAUAAAGAUUCUAUACAAAUGCGUUCAACUUUGUUAAUUAGUGGAGAUUUUGUGCCAAAUCUUGAAAAUCCUGGAGGGGCUGUGUUGGAAUCAAAUAAUAAUAAUUUAAUAACUAAAGUACUUAUAAUUGAUUUCUCUUCUGUUCCUUAUAUUGAUGGACAGGCAAUUUAA